CUUCAAUGAUCAAUCCCAAAUUAAACAGAGGCGGCGACGCCCACCAUGCUGGUCAUGUGACCACUUCCUGUUGAUUGGGCUUUAAAUCACCUUCAUCUCCUCAGAAACAGAAACGCAGCAGGAACGACAGCCAGAGGAGCUCCUCGUAGGAAGAGCAAAGGAUUGUGGGAGUUGCCGUGCAGAUUUUUCUUCUUCUCUUCUCCUCCUCAUCCCUGGCAGGAUGUUUGGCAGGCUGCUGCUCUGCUGCUGGUCCCUCAGCCUGCUGCGCCUCUCCUGUGCUCUGGUUCAUGGUGGCAUCCAGCUGGACGACGGCCCGGCGGGGGGCCUCCGCACCGACACCUCCUACCUGUCUGACAUCGAUCGAGGCCACGCCCCCAACCCUGUUCAGGAAGCUGUUCUUCCUGUGGAGUCAGAGGAGGACCGGUUCAUGAUGGAGACGGGUUCCAACAAUGAGGAUUCGUCUGCGCUGCAGCUGCAGGGCCGAGCCGCUCGCUCCCCUCGCCGCUGCAUCCCUCACCAGCAGUUCUGCCUGGGUUACUCGCUGCCCUGCUGUGACCCCUGUGACACCUGCUACUGCCGGUUCUACAACGCCAUCUGCUACUGCCGCCCGGUGGGCCACACCUGCCCACACAGGCGCACCUGAGCACGCCUCCUGAGGGCUGAUCUCUGCGGUUCCACCUGCUCCUAGAUAAUAAACUGAAGAUGCGUCCUGGUGAAUUUGACACGGUUCCGCCUGAGGAUGUGGUGUUAGAAGAAGGGAAGAAUAAAUGGAUUUAUUUCUCCUGUAAUCGUGUGAAAACUGCUCUGAUUUGAAAUAAAUAUGUCCUGUGCUUUAGCUCUAA